AUGGCCCAGCUUGGCUUCUGCUGCUGGAAAUGGGACUCUGUUUUGUGCAGGUUUCAUACGGAGGUGGUGCGGGUUGGUGCUGGGCAGAUUGGCGUUUCGGGGUGGCCUGACACCGCGUGUGAAAAAGGAAUUGGCAAAACAACUGGAAAGAAGCUGUGUUACAAAGGCACUACGUUCCAUCGUGUGGUUAAAAACUUCAUGAUUCAGGGUGGGGACUUCAGCGAAGGUGAAAAAGGAAUUGGCAAAACAACUGGAAAGAAGCUGUGUUACAAAGGCACUACGUUCCAUCGUGUGGUUAAAAACUUCAUGAUUCAGGGUGGGGACUUCAGCGAAGGUAAUGGAAAAGGAGGUGAAUCAAUUUACGGUGGCUAUUUUAAAGAAACAGUGUUACAUCGUGCGCUCCAAAGAACAACAAAACCUGCUCCUCAUCUCGAUGGUGUUCAUGUUGUCUUUGGACUGGUUAUUUCUGGUUUUGAAGUAAUAGAACAAAUAGAAAAUCUGAAAACUGAUACUGCAAGUAGGCCCUAUGCUGAUGUACGAGUUAUUGACUGUGGGGUGCUUGUUACAAAAUCAGCAAAAGAUGCUUUGGAGAAGAAGAAGAAAGUAUGUUCUGAUUCAGAAGCUUCAGACUCCUCUUCCAGUGCAUCAAGCUCUUCAGAAACUUCAUCUGAAAGUGAAGACGAGAAUGAAAGAAGCAGAAGAAGAAAGCGUAAAAGAAGAGCUAAACCCAAACAAUCCAGAAAGAGAAGAAAGGAAGAGAGGAAGAAAGAGGAUCCAAGGUGCAAGCGAAUCUCAAACCAAAGACGCCUUUCUGACAAGAGUGAUGUAACAGAAAAAGCAGUCGACGUUAGCACUAAGAGGGACAAACCUGUGGUACGUCCUGAAGAAAUUCCCCCAGUGCCUGAAAAUAGAUUUUUGCUAAGAAGAGAUGUGCCUGUUGUCAAUGUAGAACCUGAACCGUAA